AUGGCCGUCUUUCAGCAACCUCCCUCCGCCACGCUCCCGCCUCCUUCGACCACGCACCCACCGCCCACCGCUUUCUGCCUCAGACAGCCAUUUCGUCUCUACCACGCCUACUGGGGAGGGGGGGCGCCGAAAAUAGCCUCCUUCACCACUAUACCAGCUGCACUCUGGCCAGCUCCCAGCCGCUAUGGCUAUAAAUACCCCUUUCCCACCUAUUCUCCGUCUAACACUGUCCUUAUUUCGACUCAAAUACCACUCCAAAAAUCUCCCUCUGAUCUUCCGUUGUGCUUUCUUCUAUUUAGUAGUGUCGUAGUUCCUUCGUACGCUCGGCGAAUUUUAUUAGCUAUAUAUCGUCGGACGCCUAAUACCGGUAACCACGAAAUCACGAGCGAAUCCUCUUAUACUUCUCCUAUCGAUACCGACAAUAAUAGACCGUUUAAGCCCGAUUCCUCUAAGACUGAUCUUACCGAGCUAGAGCGCUCCCCUCUAGCGGGUCGAACGAUUGCUCGGAAGAAGCUAAGCCCAAAGACUGGAACAAAAUCGUUACCAACAGUCCUGUCGAAUAUAGAACAAGUUAAAACUUCGACUAAAAGAGCGUUAGGCUUGGGGGUUGCGGAGGAUACACUGCGUGAGGCGUUACCGAAUAAUAUAUAUCGAUUUCUCAAUUGGUGUCUAAAGCUAGAGUACAGCUAUACAAAGGCUAGCGCCCUUGAAGCGGAUUGGAAGUACUUCCGAAUUUACUACCAGCGAGUUACCAAAACCGAGAUAAGUAAAGAGAUAGGCGAGGCCGUUCGCACGGGUAUAAGAUACUUAGUGGAUAAGCGCGGUCUAGACACACAACCGCGCGUAAAUAUCCCAGAUCCGCACGGAGGACCUCCUAAGCCGAUAAUCGAACUCGAGCCCCAGUUUGUGAAAAGCGUCCUGGGUAUAUCGAAGCUCAACACGUUUGCGCUACCUAAAAUUAUCUACGGCGUAUCACUUGUCUUCAGCCCGUAUAUCCUACUCUUUAUUAUAUUAUUUUAUAUCUACGCCUUUGAAGCGCCUCACUUAAUAUCGAUAGAAGACCUUCGGAGACUGCUUAUCGAGGGUGGUCGACAGGAAAUACUACUUCCCUUAAAGAAAGAGAUAGAUAAUUACUAUAUCUUCCUAAAGGUUAAGGUGAUCUGUGGCCAGCCCCAAGCACACUCGACAUAUAGCUUAGGAUAUCUAGUGAGAUACACGGCUUCCUUAAUCAUUUUUUCUCUUACCAAUUCCGAUACGGAGGAGGUAAUUUACUCGAUAAGAGUACCUACGCCACUAGUAGAACGUUUAUUAAAUAUUAUCGUCCCCGUCGACGAAGAGUUCUCAAAGGCUGUGACCCGGAUAAGUUGUUGGAUUGAUCGGCGACGACCACGAUACCUAAGCGACACUGAUCGGGAAUCAGUGGAGAAAGACCUAGAACUACAAUCAGCUAUACGCUGUAUUUCGGGCGAUACUAGAGGACCAGAAGCGUUAAGUCCACAAUCUACGCCGGUAUCUCGGAAAGAAACACGCCGCGAUUUCAGUCGGAAACAGGCGGUAAUUGAUAUUGAAAGACAGCUGACUAGUGGGGCUGUCAGUGAUAAGCCUGCGCGCGAGGUAUUACGGAAGGAGUUUGAAAUGCUAUCGGAGCAGAUUCUUCUCGAAGGUGGGCCCCUUAAGGGACGACGGAAGCGCUCUGCCCCGUCCGACAAUAAGGAUAUCGUUCCCUCUCCGCCAGCUCGAAAGGUAAAAGCUGAUACGCAGCUGAAUACGUCGUGGGAGAAGGGAUAUACCUCUGGCGGGAAAUAUAUCCCGAAUACAGAGCAAACAUUUGUAUACUUCCAAUACCCUAAGAUGUACUCCGACUAUAAUGGAGUGAAAAGGUAUUUCAGGACAUUAUAUCUAACGGACCGGAUAUAUAAUUUCUGCGAUUUGUCCGUCCUACACGAGAUGCACUUACGGAGGUAUACCGAGGAUAUCUAUAGCCUUCGAAUAUAA